CCUGUCGUCUUCCGCCAUCAUCAUAACGCAACUUCAUGCUGUCAGUGCAUGCUGUAUUUUGUUCCAGUGUGAAAAUAUUUACAAACAUUCUUCACAAUUUUCAAAAUGGCAGACAAACAGACAGACACUAAAGUGGAGUGUAAUGUUGACUGGGAACGUUUGCAAAAGGAAUUAGGCAAUGAGUUUUGUCACCUUGAAUGCACUACUGAGGAGCUGAGUGGUGGAGAGUCAAACUGGUUAUUCAGAAUAACAUCUAAGACUGGAUCAUCCGUCAUCGUUAAGCAAUCCAUGGGAUACAUGAAGUGUCUUCCACAACUAGCGGUACCUAAAAUAAGGAACAAAUUUGAGUAUUCAAGCCUGUCUGUAAUGAAUCAACUCGCUCCGGGGUCUGUACCGGAACCAAUAUUCUGUGAUGAAGAUAAAUCUUAUUAUGUAAUGCAAGACCUCUUUGACUACGACAUCCUACGACACAUGUUCCAACGAUGCCAGGCUAGUCUACCCGCUAUUCAAGACGUGGCACGGUACAUUGCUAAGCUACAUCGGGGUACACAUAAGAAUAUUGUGAGUGAGACCUACAUCACCAAGCAAACGGAGAGGCCGAAGGACCUCAUAAAAGCGGCACAUGAGUUCCUCAAUAACUAUGUUUUUAAAAGCAUACACAAGGAAGAAAACAUCGAGAGACAGUCACCUGCAGUGAAGGAACUGUACGAUCUAGUGUGCAAUGAUCCAGUGAUCGUUGCGAAUAGGGCGAGGCUUCGAGACGCCAUGGCAACGAAACAAGAAUGUGUGAUCCAUGGAGACCUUCAUGCCAGCUCCAUCUUUAUAAAAGAAAACUCUGCAAAGAUCUACGAUCUUGAGGUAUCACAUGUUGGACCAGCGGGUGAAGACAUUGGCCAUCUACUCUCCAAUUACAUGGUUGUCUAUCUGGAGCAUAAGUUCUACCCGUCUAAAGAUAAUCCAACCUUUUAUUAUAUUCUGGAGGAAUGCAUUAAAGAAACAGUGAAAGUAUACUUUAAUGAUGCGGCCGAGUAUCUAACGCCCGAACAAUUCGCUGCAACAGUCUCUGAUACAGUUGGAUUCAUGGGCUGUAGGCUCGUAAGAAGGAUUUUGGGUAGACCGGAGGCAGGUGACGAUCCAGCAGAUCGAACUCUGAUUGAACUACCAUGUCUACACUUGGGUAUUAGUCUCACUAGAGAGUAUACCAACAUAAUCACUCCAAGUGUUCUCAUUCAACAUCUCUUUGACAACAAUGACGUCCAGAUUAAUAAUAAAUAAAUAUUGAACGACAUAACAUUGGUGAGUUUGAGACGCUAGGUGGCAGCAAACAUUCAGGUAGUUGUUUCUAACCGGAUACAGUUAUGAACGGCCCUUGCACGACGAGCGGCCCGCUGACAUCACACAAGCAACGUUUACAACUGAUGACGACACUGCUCUCCCAAUUCCCCUGGAUAAGAACACCCAAUCCGGAGCACUUGUGCUUACCUACCAACAGCAACUCUCUGAUGAUGAUCUAAGGAUGGUUGGCAAUGGCUUGAACGAACUUCACCAAGCCACUUAUAAUGCCGGUGUCCCAUGGAGUUCUGUCCGCGGAGAUUAGGUCACCUCAGUUUUCAAAUUGAAAUAAUAAUAUGUCAACAGAUACAACGUGACUGGAUGAAACCAUUAACGAAUAUACUGUCAGAUUUGUGUAGCUGCUAUAGGCAUUAUUUAAGUUUUGUUUCAUAUUUCAUUAGACUAUUAGUAGUUAGCAAAACUAAUUGAUAAGUUUUGUGUAAUAUUUUCAGCAUAUUACAAAUUUAGAAUGAGUAAAAGACUUUCACGGUAACAGGUUCUUUCAUUAUACACAUUCCUAUCAUUAGCGAUUUGGAAUAUUCAGAUUGUGAUUGCACAAAACGCAUUUAAUAGUUCAAUCAGAUUCAAUUCAUUUAGGUUUAUUUUAAAUAUCUCAACUACAUGAUACAACAAUUUUUGUAGAGACUUUGUAGAGUGUUUGUUGUCACUCCUCAUUGGUGUCUAUAGUUUGCAUGCAUUCAUAAGCCUUUAUGGGGAGAUAUGGGUUGGACAUUAUAGGUGUAAUAAUAAUAUUUUAAUAAUAUUUAUUCGGGCAAUCACAUUUACAAGCACAUGUACAUACAUUAAAAAUAUUUAAGAAAAUAGUGUACACUAUUUGGUUUGGGUAAAACAAAUACAGAACAAUUUACCCCAAACCGAAUAGUGUCAUUAUAGUAUUGUUUUCUCCAUAUCUUUAAAUGGCUUAUGUUUUCAGAGUUGCGCUGGUCUUGCGUAUAUAGGACUAAUUUUUACAUAGGGCUGCCUAUGCCAUAGCAUACAGCUUAUUUGGAGAUGGACAGUUUAAGAUAUUAAACGAAUACACGAAGUUAAUACGUUUA